CUGAAAUCCCAAAAACAGAGUAUCACAAAGUUAGCUACACUUGGAGGGUACCAGCAGAGGAAAGAAAAGAGGGAUAAUCAAGAAGGAAGAAAGGAUUUUUGGGGUAAGAAAAAAAAAACAAAUAAGAAAGGGAGUUUGGAGAUUUAGGGUAAAUAAUUGAAAGAGGGAAGAGGUGAGUUGGAGGGGUGGGGAUUUUUUUAUUGACAAAAAAGAACAAAAAGAAGGAAAGAAAAAAGGAAAAAGGAAAGAAAAGAAAAAAAAAAAGAAUGGGAAGAGGAAGAGUAGAGUUGAAGAGGAUAGAGAACAAAAUAAACAGACAAGUAACAUUUGCAAAGAGAAGAAAUGGGCUUUUGAAGAAAGCUUAUGAACUUUCUGUUCUUUGUGAUGCUGAAGUUGCUCUUAUCAUCUUCUCAAAUCGUGGCAAGCUCUAUGAAUUCUGUAGUACUUCCAAUAUGCUUAAAACGCUGGAGAGGUACCAAAAAUGCAGUUAUGGAGCGGUGGAGGUUACAAAACCGGCUAAAGAACUCGAGAGUAGUUAUAGAGAGUACUUGAAGCUGAAGUCUAGGUUUGAGUCUCUACAAAGAACUCAGAGAAACCUUCUUGGGGAGGACUUGGGUCCAUUGAACUCAAAAGAGCUUGAGCAGCUGGAGCGUCAGCUUGUGUCUUCUUUGAAGCAAGUUAGGUCUACCAAGACUCAGUACAUGCUGGACCAACUAUCUGAUCUUCAGAACAAGGAACAAAUGCUGAUUGAAACUAACAGAGCUCUGCAAAUAAAGCUGGAAGAAAUAAGUUCAAGAAAUAAUAUAAGGCUUACAUGGGAUGGUGGAGAUCAAAGCAUGUCAUAUGGUCCACAAAAUGCCCAAACUCAAGGCUUCUUUCAGCCACUGGAAUGCAACCCCACUUUGCAAAUUGGGUACACUUCUGCAGUAUCAGACCAAAUUACAAGCACUACUACUCCAACUCAUGCCCAACAAGUCAAUGGCUUCCUCCCUGGUUGGAUGCUUUGAUUGAACAAAC